UCUUGCAAUCUGUAAAAGUUAAAAGCCAUAGAGAUACCCAGCAGGAUAUACACUGUAGGAAUACUACAAGCAUGGAUGAGAAGAAGCUGCAACAUUUCAGUGAGUCGAGCAGUGGCAUUGAUGGCAUCAAGAAGGGAGGGACAGAUGAUAGCUCCAGCAGUAGCGGCAACAGCUCGGGGUCCAGUGAUGAGGGAAAGAGAGAGAAGUGGAGCCAUCAACUAGACUUCAUUCUGUCCUGUAUUGGCUUCGCUGUGGGCCUUGGCAAUGUCUGGCGAUUCCCGUACCUGUGCUAUGAAAACGGCGGCGGUGCAUUCCUAGUUCCAUAUGUCAUCAUGCUGUUUGUGGCUGGCCUACCGUUGUUCUAUUUGGAGCUGGCGUUUGGCCAGUUUGCCAGCUUGGGAGCCAUUGCCGUAUGGAAGAUCAGUCCACUCUUUACAGGUGUUGGCAUUGGUAUGAUCAUCAUAGCAGCCUUGGUUUGCAUUUACUACAACGUCAUCAUCGCUUGGACUAUCUACUACCUCAUCCGAUCCUGUACGACCGAAGCUUUGCCGUGGUCCACCUGUGGCCAUGAAUGGAACACUGACCGAUGCUACAAUGAGUCCAUGAACUACAUCAAGGAAGAGAGUGAAAACCUGACGAGACCCAGUGAUGAAUUUUGGCAUCGUCAGGUUCAUCAGUUGACGGAAGGAAUCCAUGACAUAGGUGGUAUAAGGCUGGAACUGCUUGGCUGUCUGGCACUAGCCUGGCUCAUCGUGUAUCUGUGUGUCUUCAAGGGAAUCAAGUCAUCGGGCAAGGUGGUGUAUUUCACAGCUUUGUUUCCCUACGUGGUGCUCAUCAUUCUGCUGGGUAGGGGUGCAUCCUUGCCUGGGGCAGGUCUGGGAGUGGAGUACUACAUCAAACCCAAAUUUGAAUAUCUGCUGGAUCCAAAGCCGUGGAAGGAUGCAGCCAACCAGAUAUUCUAUUCCCUGGGAAUCUCUUUUGGAUCACUGACAACCAUGGCCAGCUUCAAUAGAUUCCAUAAUAAUUGCCAGAGGGAUGCUCUGAUUGUCUCUCUCUGUAACUGUGGAACCAGCAUUCUAGCAGGAUUUGUCGUAUUUUCCACCCUUGGUUUCAUGGCGGAGGACAGCAACAGAAAAAUUGACGAAGUGGCCGCAAGUGGUCCUGGCUUGGUGUUCAUUGUUUACCCAGAAGCCCUAGCUAAGAUGGAGCCUGUUCCACAGCUUUGGUCUGUCCUCUUCUUCUUAAUGCUUCUGACACUUGGUCUGGACAGUAUGUUUGCCAUGAUGGAAACGGUUACUACUGCCGUGAUGGAUGCACUGCCUUAUCAAUACAGACGCUGGAAGUGGCUGAUCAUACUGGUAGCUUGCUGCAUUGGAUUUCUGCUUGGGAUUCCACUGGUAACCCAGGGCGGCUUGUAUUUAUUAACCAUCGUAAACGACUAUGCCGGUGGGUUUUCCCUGAUGGUCAUUUCCAUCUGCUACUGUGUGGCUAUCUGUUACGUGUACGGGCUUAACCGAUUUGGUCAAGACAUCAAGUCUAUGCUGGGAUCGCUGCCUAAUAUCUACUGGAAGGCUUGCUGGGCUGUGCUCUCCCCACUGGCUCUGGUGGCUAUUGUGAUUGCCAGCUUCAUAUUCUAUGCUCCGUCUGGAUACGAUGGCAAAGUCUUCCCGCCUUGGGCUCAGGGGCUGGGCUGGAUCCUAACCCUUCUUUCCUUUGUCACCAUUCCAGUGUAUGCUAUCUUUGCUGUGUUCUUCAGAGCAGAUAGAUCAUUCUCUAUCUUAGAUCGGCUCAAGGUUCUUCUGAGACCCACGUGGGACUGGGGUCCUACCCUGGACAAGCAUCGCAUCGAGGCAGGCUACGAUCCCUUACCCGUUGACGGUACUCCUCCAUCCCAGCUAGAGCUGAAGUCCAACGGCUUCUUGGAAUCCAAGAAGCCUAGCAUUGCUCUCAUAUCUAGCUCCUCCAUGCCGCCUCAGGGUGACAUAGACUCUCAGGAUCUCUACUGCUAUGACCAAGCAGUGCAGGUUGACUUGGACUAGACUCAGAAACAACACUUAUUUUUUUCUUACACCUAACAGUCCCAAAUCCUCCAAUUUCAAUACGAUUUUACAUACACCCUUGGGGUUAGGGUUAAGUCUCAUCGGCCUUUAUCGGCAGGUACAAUGUGAAGGUACAUAGAAAGGCCUGUUGAAACAGCCUCAGAAUUUCAACUUCCUCCCCCCGAUUUCUUCUGUAACAACAAAGGAUUGAAAAAUUCACCCAUUUUAGGAUUCAGUUUUGUUUUUAAGUAUUUUUCCCAUGUUCUUUCAUGGAACCAACCUUUCAAAACUUUUAAAGUUCAGGAAAAUUUGACUAAGUAUUGACUUCAAGGUGAGGUUUUUAUCUUGUAAACUUGGCAUAUUUUUGGAGAUGUGAUUCAGUUUAGCCCCAUUUUGUAGCAGGCAGCCUAAUUAAUUUCCAUUUCUGAUGCCUUGGCUGAUUGUUUGAAUGUUUUUAGCACAUUACAGAUUUACAUGUCUCGUGGCACUUUACAAGUUUACAUGUCUCGUGUCAAUGAAAAGAUUCCUGUAUAUUUCAACAUGGAUUGUUAUGGAUUUUUUUUAGAUAUGAUCUUUUUCAAAACUUCAGAUUGUUUCUUCAACUCUGAUCACUGCUUAACCCCAACACCACAUUAACACCAUAGUACCUGUGGCUUGUCACAUUCCACAGGGUCACACAUUGUGUUUCAUUUUACUUCAGAAGGCAAGGCACUGUGCUGAAUUGUCCCCCUGCAUUCAAAAAGUUGGUGAUAGUUGACCAUGGUCAGUGUUUUACCUUUCACUUCAUGAGAUCGGGGUAGUUCACAUCCUAUCAUGCCCCUCCCCUUUCAAAAAAUGAGGGCCCUCUGCUAAGUGUACCCUAGUUACGCCACUGAUGUUAACAUAUUAUUGUUUCGAAAAUGUGACAUUAACCUGUUGCCGAGAACUAAACAAUAACUUCGAUAAUUUGUAAGAAUAAAGUGACCUUGACAUCACCAGGUGAUGUUAUAAGGUCUUUACGAAGCUCAUUUUAUGGAUCCAUGAUGGUAGGUAUGGUACACUGUAGCUUAGUGGGUGAUAGUUAAGCGUGGUUUGCUAUUCUCUAAUGCUUCUUGUUCAGUAUUCUCAUCAGGUGUGAGCAGAUGACACUUCUGUGAUGGGUUUUCAUUUUUAAACCUAGUCCUUGUAAAUAACCAUGAAUUAAAAUCCAUCGCACAGUCGAAAGUAUUGGUACGUAUAGGAAACGCACAGAUGUUUUCUUUAUUGAUUUGAUUUUACCCAAUGAUGAUCAUUCAGUGUAUGGCCUGAUAAUGUAAUCAACAAUACAUGACGUAUAUGAAAUGCCUUCCCCACAACAAUUCACCGUGUAAAACGUGAGAUAGACUAGAGGGCUAUUGUUUUAAAGUAUUGCUCUUUAGGAUAACUUAUUGAUGUAUUUUCUUUUAGUGUCAGUUUAAAGUUUUUCCAAGACAAGGACUGGAAAAUUAAUUUCAGUGUGAUUAAAUAGGUCAUCCACCCGGAAGUAUUUGUAGAAGUUUGAACUUACGUUUCAAGUCACUGAUUUUUAUACUCAAUAACGUGUAUUUAUACGUGUACAUCUCUGUUGCAAAGAAGUAUAUCAUUGUAAAUUUGGCUUCUCCUACUUCAGUACUGUUUAUUAACACUGCCAUUGAGGUGUCAGUUUAAAUAACUGUUUAUGUAGAUCUUUGGUUUUUUAUCCAUUCUGUAUCUUUAGAAAGCUAAAUGGGAAAAUUGUAUCAGUUGUAUGAAUAAGUUCUUAAUUCAACCAAUUCAAAUUAUAAUGUGUGUUGGAAGUAGUUAAUGAGGCCUCCAUAAUAAUGGCUUAAGAAAUAUCAAGUUCAUUUUGUAAAUUUUUCUUAACUAUAUACAAUUAGUAAACACUGAAUCAGAAAGAGAUAUUAGAGGUUAUUAUGCCUUGCUGGGGCCGUGGUGACUAGCAGUGAAUGCACAAAAGGUUUACUUGAGCCUAUCUAGUGAUUCAAAACCCUUGCCCUCCAACUCCAAAAUAGAGGCUAUGCAUUGCUGGCAUCUCCAUGGUGUCUUAGAGGCUGUUUUUGUUAUUUGGAAAUGCACAAAAGGUUUACUCAAGUUUAUAUCCCAGUGAUACAACCCCCCCCCAUUAUGCAUUAACACACUCUGUGCUCUGUAUCAGAGCAAUACAAAACUGAGAAAUAAACCCCUUUAUCAGAUCCCA